AGCAGCUGUGGGGAUCCCGAGGGAACCGGGGGAGAGACUGGGGGGCGCGAGGGGACGGAAGCCGGCCCCUUCGGGUUUUCUGAAAUGAAACUGGUUUCCUGGCUUACGUUUCAGCCCCGGCUAGGGCAAGCGAUGAAUGGUGGUGGCCGAGUUCAGGGUUUGGUUCGUUCAUUGUGGGGGUGUCGCGGGUGGCGGUGCCCGUGGGCGCCGGGGAGCGGUGACGGUCGUCCUGUUUCAGAAAGUUCCCGGCCGCCGCGGCGCCUGGCGGGGUGCUGGGAGUGGGAGGAGGGCAGUGCCGCGCCUCGUCUCGGGCUCGCCGGAGACAUUCUUACUUCUCGCCGCUUUCCGGCCGGACGGUCUGUCAGGGAGCAGGUCUCGGUCGCGCCGUCGGGCGCCAGCUGCUCGCGGUCGCGGAUAUACAUCAAAUAUUGAGAAGACCAUCAGGAGCUAAAUGUUCUAUUUAAACCUGUACUUGCUGCUCAGAAAAUAAAGAUGCAGACCCAGAGUCAGUGGUUUAUAUGUUCUUCAUGCAAGAGUAAUGUACUAAAGGAGAGAAGUAAGCUGUGUUAAUCAAUAAGGGUUGAAAAAGUUGAAACACAUUUGCACAUGAUUUACAAUUUAUAAGCAUUCCAUAUUGGAAGAAGAGAUCACUAUAGAUGAAGAAAAUGCCUUUGUUUAGUAAAUCCCAGAAAAAUCCGGCAGAAAUUGUGAAAACUCUGAAAGAUAAUAUGGCCAUUUUGGAAAAACAAGACAAAAAGACAGACAAGGCUUCCGAAGAAGUGUCGAAAUCACUGCAAGCAAUGAAAGAGAUUCUGUGCGGUACAAACGAGAAGGAGCCUCCGACAGAGGUGGUGGCCCAGCUGGCGCAAGAGCUGUACAAUAGCGGACUGCUGGUGACCCUCAUCGCCGACCUCCAGCUGAUCGACUUUGAGGGAAAAAAAGAUGUGACACAGAUAUUUAACAACAUCCUGAGAAGACAGAUUGGCACUCGGAGCCCGACGGUGGAGUACAUUAGUGCUCACCCUCACAUCCUCUUCAUGCUCCUCAAAGGGUACGAAGCCCCCCAGAUUGCCUUGCGCUGUGGGAUUAUGCUGAGAGAAUGUAUUCGAUACGAACCACUCGCCAAAAUCAUCCUCUUUUCUAAUCAGUUCAGAGAUUUCUUUAAGUACGUGGAGUUGUUAACAUUUGAUAUUGCUUCAGAUGCCUUUGCUACUUUUAAGGAUUUAUUAACCAGACAUAAAGUGUUGGUAGCAGACUUCUUGGAACAAAAUUAUGACACUAUUUUUGAAGACUAUGAGAAAUUGCUUCAGUCUGAAAAUUAUGUGACUAAGAGACAAUCUUUAAAGCUGCUAGGGGAACUGAUCCUGGACCGCCACAACUUUGCCAUCAUGACCAAGUAUAUCAGCAAACCGGAGAACCUCAAGCUGAUGAUGAACCUCCUUCGAGACAAGAGUCCCAACAUUCAAUUUGAAGCCUUCCACGUCUUCAAGGUGUUCGUGGCCAGUCCUCACAAGACACAGCCCAUUGUGGAGAUCCUGCUGAAGAACCAGCCCAAGCUCAUUGAGUUUCUGAGCAGCUUCCAGAAGGAGAGGACAGACGAUGAGCAGUUCACCGACGAGAAGAACUACUUGAUCAAGCAGAUUCGAGACUUGAAGAAAACAGCCCCGUGAAGACCUCGCCUCGUUUCUUGCAACACUCACUGUCUCAUUUGUUGUUUGUACAAAAAAGUGUCAUUUCAAAAAAGUGAUCAUUUGGGGGAAGGCUUAGGAGGUGCCUAUAUUUUGCUCAAUUCAUUGUUCGUGGUAGAUGAAAUAUAAAAACGUUUGAAUGAAAACAAAUUAACCUAGAAUAAUAUAUUCAUUUUAAUCAAGUCUGUGAUGAUUUAUGUGAAAUCAGAACAAUUGUGUUAGACGUUGAUGAAAGAAGUUGUAACCCUGUGCUGGCAGGAGGCGGCAGGGCUGUGGGCUCAUAUAGCUGCGUUCUCAGGCCAGGUGGAAGUGUCACUGGGCCCCUGAGAGGAAGCAGACCUCAGAGAACUGCCUGGGGGAUUGGUACAAAAUUGCUUGCACGUUUGCACUUAGAGAAAUUUAUUUAAGGCUCUUGCUUCCAGUCAUAGUCUUGUGUCCUGCCCAUCUCUUUGUGCUGUAGCUGAUUUCCUAGGAAAUCAAUGCCCACCUCCUUGCUCAGCCUUCCUUUUUGAUCUCUUUCCCAGUUUAGUACAGUGGAUCUUUUCAGCCUUACUCAUGUGCACCACCACCACCCCCCCCCCCCACACACACACACACACCCCACUUCAUUCUGCAGUCAGGUUAUCCUGGAACCGACUAAGUAGGAUGAAUGAACAACAAAAGUCAGAGGUGGCCCCUGGGAGAUGGCUGAAUUUCACACUUCAUACUUCAUCGUCGGGGUACAGUUUUUGUGGGGAAAGCGUGAUCUAGAAUGGGAAUCUUUACUCUGGGAGCACAGCAUGCAGAAAAACAGGGGUCCAAAAGGUGGUGCAGGUGUUUAGACCAUUUUAAUAAAUAAGGGCGCAUCAGAAGGGCCAAUGAUGAUAAAAAGUUCUCGAAUAAGCUUUUGGGGAUGGUUUCGUUUUGUUUUCAGUUUAUUUUCAAACUAGUGGCCACUCCAGUUUUCCACUAAGAGUCUUCAGGAAACAAAUAGAAAAAUCUACCAAUUUUAGUCCCCAAUAUUCUCCAGAAUGAUUAAGGAGUUCAUUUGAGUUCCUUAAAAAAAAAAGACAAAUAAUAAAUAAAAGCAACAAGAAUAAAUGUCUGAAAUAAUAUUGAAAACAAACAUGUUCAGACAUCAUGUGUUAAAUAGGAUUCUAAAGUUAGAUUUACAGGGCCUAAAAGGGUCAUUUUCCCCACCAUUCCUCUUCCACAUUAUGAUUUGCUGCAUUCCAUAGGCGCCCUCCGUCCUCGUCACAUUAUUGGGUGCUGUGUUCCCAGCCGCUCUCCCUGGAAGCCCUCUGGGACCUCAGUGGGCUGUGGCCUGACGGGUCACUGGUUUCACUCUCCUUGGCUUGCCGCAGGCCCUGUGCGCUUGACCUCGUCCCCCGCCUUAGAACAACUUUGGCCCUGCCAGUGCAGCAACCAUCAACCUUCAACCUUUGUUCUUCAGCCACUGUAGUCAGAUUAUUUUAUUACAUUCCCUAACAUUCUGUCUCUUAAAAUUGACCUUUCUGCUUUCCCUACCUUGCUUAGCGAGAGAAUAGGAAAUAUAUUUUUUAAAAAAGAAGGUACAAUGACCACUGAAAAUUUUUCUCAGUACUCUUCAAGGAUACUGAGUGUUAUCCCAUGAGCAAGCAAAGGCCCUGCACAAUUCUUUGAUUAUAAACUGGCAUCUGCUUUCCCAGUGACUUGGCCUGGUUGUCCUUUAUUCUCAUUUCAUACCUGUCAGCCAGAAAGCUGAGCCUGAGAGCAGAGAAGGAAGUAGCCAAGGUUUUGUUGUGAUACAGAUUUGUAAAGCAUUCACGUGAAAAGGAUGGGCAAGAAGCUCACUGUCCAAAUAUGUUUGCACAAAAUUCGCUGUAAAUAUUGUGAGUUGAAUUUUUAAAAGGUCCUAUUUAAUAAGCUAUUUCAAAAGCACACAUUUAAAUAAAGAUGGACUAAAUAAAAGCGUGCCACAUA